UUAUUAGUUAAUAAUAAUAUUUAAGGCAUAUUGCAUACUGCAUAGUAUAUCGUGUAGAUCAGUGUACCCUAUGGCCUAUAUUUUCAAAUUGCCGUUAUCAGGGAAUUUUUUUCUGUGUUUUAUAGAAUUUAUUAUUUGUGUCGUAAAUAGUAUUUCCAAAUUUCACUGGUCAAUUUUCGGAUAACACGGUUUUCUAUUAUAUAAUAAUAUAAUAUAUACUACUCAUCAUGAAUGAUUAUUCUAUUGAACCAGUAGUUAAUUCAGAAUUGUAUGAAGUUGAAGAAAUAAGACAUUUAUAUGAUCUUUUUGAUGUUAUAAGUGUUCAUAAAGUACAAAAUCCACUGCUCUGGGGCUUAUACACACUAAGAAAAAAUGAAAUGGAAAUAAAUAAUAAAAAUAUAACAGUAAAUGAAUGGCUUUUAUAUCACGUUACAGCCACCAAAAAUGUUCAAUCAAUUGCUGAAAAUAAUUUAGACUGGCGUUUUACAAGUCGUUGUCGAUAUGGGAAAGGUGUAUGCUUUUCAUAUUGUCCUUUAUAUGCCAACAGAUAUGCAUCAUGUGCUCAAGGAUCAAUGUCUACAGUAGAUUACGAUGAAAAUAUCAUGAAUAUUCUUGUUAAUAUGGGUUUUCCAAGGGAAGCUGUCAAACGAGCAUUAUUUUAUACUAAUAACCAAGGUUUAGGAUCUGCAACCAAAUGGCUUAUGGACCAUAUUACAGACAAUAAUUUUGCUGAACCUUUUUUUCCAUCCAGACAUGAUAGUAAAAUUUCAAUUGAGCGAGCAUUUAUAAUUUGUCGAGUUUUAGUUCAAAGAAUCAAAGAUGUUAGCGUCAAUUAUAAUUUGAAUGUUAUACCUAAUGUUUUUGACACUGCUAAAUCAACAAAUGGUAUGGUUUAUGUAAAAUUUAAUGAUUACGAAUUUUAUCCUCAGUACAUUGUGUAUUAUAGAGAACAUCAUUUUUCUCAAUAUGCUGAUCCAUAUUCAUGUAAUUUCAAUCAUUAUUAUAGUGUUGAUCAAUAA